AUGACUAGCCAGUCCCAGAUGCGAUCGGCCCACGCCAUCUCCAACCCUACGCUCGCCGGAAUUGAAAAGAGGUGGGAAGCGAUGCCUCCACAAGAGCAGGCCGAGCUAUGGAUGCAACUGAGAGAUCGUAUGAAGGUUGAUUGGAACGAGAUGACUUUGCAGGAAAAGAAAGCUGCAUGGUGGAUUGCAUUUGGACCUCACGGACCUCGUGCAGAGGUGCCCCCGGGCGAAUGGACCAAAGUUUGGCUUUAUACGGCAGUUGGCAUUGGAAUCUCGCUGGCUACAUUCAUGCUCAUCCACGGCAUGGCAAGACCUCCUCCACGAACCAUGACCAAAGAAUGGCAAGAAGCUACCAAUGAAUAUCUCAAGUCCGAGAAGAGCAACCCUAUGUAUGGUAUCAGCAGUGAAGGAUACGCUGGUCCAGGCCACGUUCAAAGCAAGUCUGCUAAGGCUCAGGGCAUCAAGCUUGAACCGGACGACGGCAUCGCCCGUAGCUUGGGCAGGUCUGCCCUUGCUCGACCUUCGAUCUCCCGACGCGCCUUCGAGCCUCUCCGGAGACAAGCCGUUCCAGCUCUAGCACAGCGAUGGGCGUCGACAGACUCUGCAAAAGAUGGCAAGAUUCACCAGGUCAUUGGUGCUGUCGUUGACGUCAAAUUCGAUACCGAACAAUUGCCUGCCAUUCUCAAUGCCCUAGAAACUGACAACAACGGCCAGAAACUUGUACUGGAAGUUGCGCAACAUUUGGGCGAGAACGUCGUGAGAUGUAUUGCUAUGGAUGGUACCGAGGGUCUUGUCCGAGGUCACAUAGCCACCGAUACCGGCUCCCCCAUUAAGGUCCCUGUAGGCCCAGGCACUUUGGGUCGUAUCAUGAACGUCACUGGCGAUCCCAUCGAUGAAAGAGGUCCCAUCAAAGCCGACAAAUUCGCCCCCAUCCACGCCGACCCUCCUGAGUUUAUUGAGCAAGCCACAACUGCCGAAGUGUUGGUUACCGGCAUCAAGGUCGUAGACUUGCUGGCUCCUUAUGCCCGUGGUGGAAAGAUUGGUCUCUUUGGUGGCGCAGGUGUCGGCAAAACUGUGUUUAUUCAGGAGCUGAUUAACAACAUCGCGAAGGCCCACGGUGGUUACUCCGUCUUCACUGGCGUCGGCGAGCGAACCCGUGAAGGUAACGAUCUGUAUCACGAAAUGCAGGAAACCUCUGUCAUUCAGCUUGACGGCGAAUCCAAGGUGGCCCUGGUGUUCGGUCAGAUGAACGAACCCCCUGGGGCUCGUGCUCGUGUUGCCUUGACCGGGUUGACUGUAGCGGAGGAAUUCAGAAAUCAAGGCCAGGAUGUGUUGCUUUUCAUUGACAACAUCUUCCGAUUCACUCAAGCCGGUUCCGAGGUGUCCGCUCUGCUAGGCCGUAUUCCAUCUGCCGUCGGUUACCAACCUACCCUUGCCGUCGACAUGGGUGCCAUGCAGGAACGUAUUACCACGACCCAGAAGGGAUCCAUCACUUCGGUGCAGGCCGUCUACGUGCCCGCUGAUGAUUUGACUGAUCCCGCCCCUGCCACGACCUUCGCUCACUUGGACGCCACCACCGUGUUGUCUCGCGGUAUCUCUGAAUUGGGUAUCUACCCAGCUGUCGACCCUCUCGACUCCAAAUCCCGUAUGUUGGACCCUCGUGUUGUCGGCCAAGAACACUACGACACCGCAUCCCGCGUCCAGCAGAUGUUGCAAGAAUACAAAUCUCUCCAGGAUAUCAUUGCCAUUCUGGGUAUGGAUGAAUUGUCGGAAGCCGAUAAGUUGACCGUCGAACGUGCCCGUAAACUGCAACGUUUCCUCUCUCAACCCUUCACCGUCGCCCAGGUCUUUACUGGUAUCGAAGGCAAGCUUGUGGACCUCAAGGACACGAUCAGCAGUUUCCAGAAGAUCAUCAAUGGUGAAGGCGACGACCUACCGGAAGGUGCCUUCUACAUGGUGGGCGACUUUGAGAGUGCCCGGGCCAAGGGUGAGAAGAUUUUGGCCGAGUUGGAGAAGUCGUAA